UUGCUAAGACCCGUACAGCAUUGUGAUCCACGGAAUGUUCUCCUACAAACCACUCACUUCCGAACUAGCGAAGGCUAUACAGGUUCCCUGUAAUGGCCCGCUGGUUGAGAUACAUCUAAACGAUCAUUCCAAUCUACCGGUGUACGGUAAGGGCCGAAAGAAGGCAGCGUACUGUGUGCUAAACGAAAACUACAAACACUUUGCGGAGCGGAUCCGAAACCUGACCGUGUAUGAGGAUGAUUUGUGGGUGGUGACGGCACCGAAGUGCGGUACAACAUGGACCCAGGAGAUGAUGUGGUUACUCGAUCACGAUCUCGACUAUCGGACAGCGGCUGACAUUAACCUACUGCAGAGAUCGAUCUUCAUGGAGUUUAGCACGCUGGUGCCAGCAAUCGAAGAGGACACGGUCAGCCUCGUGGAGCAAAUGAGUCGUCCCAGACACAUCAAAAGCCACCUUCCGAUGGCUCUGCUACCGAAGCAGCUGUGGACGGUGCGGCCACGCAUCGUGUACUGUGCCCGCAAUCCGAAAGAUAUGGUCACCAGCUUCUACCAUCACUACCGACACCUGCAUCAAUACACCGGCUCUAAGGAGGCAUUCCUGGAGGCCAUUCUCGAGGAUCAGAUGAUAUUCCUGCCACAGAUAGCGCACACACUGGACUUUUGGGCCUUGCGCUCGGAACCGAACAUCCUGUUUAUCCAUUACGAGCAAAUGAAACGGGACCUGGCCAGUGUGCUCGAGUUGGCUUCCGCGUUUAUUGGGAAAUCCUACACAAAACAGCAGCUUGCGUUGCUCGAAGAGCACCUCUCGUUCGAUGUGAUGAAAAAUAAUAAUUCCGCCAACAACUCGGCCCUGCUGGACAUUGUGCACACUAUCUCCAAGCCAGAAGAACCGUCAGACUUCCGAUUCAUGCGAAAGGGACAGAUUGGAUCCCAUCGGGAGGAGAUGUCGCCGGAAUAUAUUGCCCGUCUGAAUGCGUACAUCGAGCGAAACCUAAAUGGAAGUGACUUCAGGUUUCUCGAGUAAAAAAGGCGACUUCUGGCAACACAAUCGCCAUCGCACACUACCACAGGCUUAGGCAUUCAGUUGCUUCACGGCGGGACACUAGCACACAGUGGAGCGUGGCCAAGGUCAUCGCCGAAACUGUUGGGCGACGGAAGCAGGUUUUUCGUGGUUGUGUAUGGGUUGGGUAAGCAUAGAUGCGAAAAAAUAAAAGCUGCAAU